CAUAUAGAUUAAGAAUGGAGCCGAGUUGUACACCAAGUACCCCAUUAGACCCUGCAGUGGAGAUUGUACAGGGAGUUCCUGCAGUACAAAUUGUACAGGGGAUCCCUACAGUAUCCGAUUGGGAAACAAGAAUUCCGUGCCAGGGUGAGGAAGGGCAGAGAAUGACGAUGAUGCGCAGUGCCCUGGAUAAGACUGUGGAUAAGCUCGUCCAGAAGCUGAAUCAAAAUCAUUUUAUAAAAGCACUUCCUCAGGGUUUAAAGAGAGAAUUUGCUACUGCGCUUCAGAGCAAACUGUGCAGUGUUUUCAAAACACAUCUUUGCAAGGAAAUCGAAGACAGUCUUAGUGAGGAUGGUUAUGCGGACAAAUUAAAUCGUUUGGACGAUAUUAUACAUAAUACCCUGCAGUCAGUCAGUGUUGCUGCUUGGAGACCAAGCAGUAUUGAUACGGUUGAGAAUUCGGUGAUUGCGCAUGAUCUUGAAGUGUCGUUGCAACACAAGGAAAAGCUGGGACUGCUGGUAGCUGAGGCUGAAGCUGAAUGCCAGGAACUAGUUGAACAGAUUCAGCUUACAGAACGGAGACUCAGAGAUAACCAGAUUGUUCUCAAUAACAUGGAGAAGCUGUAUUCAAAUAUCACGGAAAAUAUUGUCGUGGCUCAAAAUGUCUCUGAGGGUCCAGAUUUGGCAUAGGAUAAAAGUAUUUCAAAAAUUAAUUAAGUCUAACCAAAUACAGUUUAGAAGCACAAAUAAAGAUGAACAUUUUUUUUAAACUAAAAUGAUUAAAGAGAAUUAGUUGAAUUACAUUGACUUCGUUGAACCACUUCUCUUCGACUUCAAGUGGCCACACAAGAGAAGUGGUUCAGCUAAGUCUACAAUCUACAUGGUAACUUCUACUUGCUUUUCAUUAUAUCUUCACACUAGAACAAUCAUGCUUGUGUACUAUUUUCCAGAGAAUAUACUAAAUAUAUUUCAGA